AUGGACAGAGACCAUAUUAAUGACCAUGACCAUCGAAUGAGCUAUUCCAUCAACAAGGACGACUUGUUGUUAAUGGUUUUGGCGGUUUUCAUUCCCCCAGUGGCCGUCUGGAAGCGUAAGGGUAUGUUCAACAGGGAUACACUAUUGAACUUACUUCUCUUCCUACUGUUAUUCUUCCCAGCAAUCAUUCACGCUUGCUACGUUGUAUAUGAAACGAGUAGUGAACGUUCGUACGAUCUUUCACGCAGACAUGCGACUGCGCCCGCCGUAGACCGUGACCUGGAAGCUCACCCUGCAGAGGAAUCUCAAGCACAGCCUCCAGCAUAUGAUGAAGACGAUGAGGCCGGUGCCGAUGUGCCCUUGAUGGACAACAAACAACAGCUCUCUUCCGGCCGUACUUAG